AUGAAUAAUCCGUUAGCUCCACAUAGUACAAUGGGGGCAGGUGGGCCAUUGGGGAUGCGGGUAGGCCAAGCGAUUUCUCAGAUGGGGCCUCAGCAGUUGGUUCAGAUUUCGCCACAGCAGCAUAUGCAUGCUGUUGCAGCCCAGCAGGGCCAACAGGGAAGACAACAGAGUCAACAAGGGCAGGCGGGGGGAGGUGGUGCGAAUGGGGGGGUUUCGCCUCAGAUUGGGGGGGGAGGAGCGGGUCUUGCGGCGUGCAGUGGAGGGGGGAUGUCGGGUGGUCAACAGGGGCAGGGACAGCAGCAGGCUCAGCAGGCUCAGCAGGCUCAGCAGGCUCAGCAGCAGCAGCAGCAGCAGGCUUUGGACCCGUUGAGUCAGUCUACUGCGGAGACGUGGCUGUCGAUAGCUUCGCUUGCAGAAACGUUGGGUGAUGCGGAUCGGGCGGCGAUGGCUUAUGAUGCGACGUUACAGUACAAUCCUUCCUCCACCAAGGCGCUCACAUCGCUUGCGCAUCUGUAUCGCUCGAGGGAUGUGUUUCAGAGGGCAGCAGAGCUGUAUCAGCGGGCUUUGGCGGUGAAUCCCGAGCUGGGAGAUAUUUGGGCGACGCUGGGACACUGCUACUUGAUGCUGGAUAACUUACAGCGGGCUUAUGCGGCUUAUCAACAAGCAUUAUAUCAUUUGAGUAAUCCCAACGUUCCGAAAUUAUGGCAUGGGAUUGGUAUCUUAUAUGAUCGUUAUGGGUCACUGGAUUACGCCGAGGAGGCGUUUGCUAAAGUAUUAGAACUUGACCCACACUUUGAAAAAGCUAAUGAGAUUUACUUCCGCUUGGGAAUUAUUUACAAACAUCAAGGCAAAUGGAAUCAGGCAUUAGAAUGUUUCCGGUAUAUUCUUCCUCAACCGCCCGCUCCUCUGCAAGAAUGGGACGUUUGGUUCCAGUUGGGGAGUGUUUUGGAGUCUAUGGGCGAAUGGCAAGGUGCUAGAGAAGCAUAUGAACAUGUGCUGUCGCAAAACGAUCGCCAUGCCAAGGUUCUUCAACAAUUGGGUUGUUUGUAUGGUAUGAAUAACGUUCAGUUUUACGACCCGCAAACUGCUCUUAACUUGUUAUUAAAAUCAUUGGAGGUGGACUCUACUGAUGCCACUACUUGGUAUCACCUGGGCCGUAUUCAUAUGGUUAGAAACGACUAUACCGCUGCAUACGAUGCAUUCCAACAAGCUGUAAAUCGUGAUUCUAGAAACCCCACUUUUUGGUGCUCCAUUGGUGUUUUAUACUACCAAAUAUCACAAUACCGUGAUGCCUUGGACGCAUAUACCCGGGCUAUUAGGUUGAAUCCAUAUAUUAGUGAAGUAUGGUACGACUUGGGGACUUUGUACGAAACCUGCAACAACCAACUCAAUGAUGCCCUGGAUGCGUAUAAACAGGCAGCCAGGUUAGAUCCAAAUAACGUUCACAUCCGUGAAAGGUUGGAAGCAUUGACAGCCCAAUUAGCCAACCCUGGUGCCCAACAACCGCAGCAGCAGCCGCAGCAGCAGCUCCAACAGUCAAGAGGACCCGCACCUAUAAUGUUACAGCCCACGUUGCAGCAGCAAGAUCAAACUAACCCUCUAAACAAUAGACCUGGUAUGUACCGUUCUGCACCGCAAGGGGUUACGAACGUGUCCAUAGUGUCUGAAGCUGCAGGUGGAGUCUCUGCUUUGCCAUCUCGUCCACAUAAUUUGCAUCAAUUACAAAAUAACGGGAACAUACUGGAACCAUCUCUAUUACCACAAAAAAGGCCCAUGGAAGGCGGUAUGGAUACCUUGGUGAAUGCUAUAUCCCAACAGGAGCUACAGCACCAGCAACAGCACCAGCAAAAGUUGGUACAACAACAACAACAGCAGCACCAGCAGCAGCAUCAGCAAGAGUUGCACCAACACCAGAUCCAUCAGCAGCAGCAGCAGCAGCAGCAGCAACACCAUACACGUCUUCCAUUAGCAACUGGACACCCUCAGCAACUACCCUCUGAACCAGUUCCUGUUGUUCCACUUGAACCUGUAUCUCAUCUACAUAUGCUUCCCCCGACUCAUGCCCAAAAUAAUAUCCAGCAACAUGCAGCAAAACGCCCAAAACAUGACUCGGAUCGUGCUCCAAAGCAAUCUCGUCCUUCUAUUAACUCUAUGGUUACCCCUGCUCCUCCGGGACCCGAACGUGCGAACUCAGUUUCGGAAUCUCAGCCUCAGAAUGUAGUAGCCGCACAGCCUGUUGAAUCACCACAACAUUUACCUGCGGUUUCUCAAGUUGUUAAGGAGGAGGCAGAAAGGUCUUUUCCUAAUCUAAAUGGUACUGCACAAAGUGAUCCUAGUACUGUAACGGCCCCCAAAAACAGUCCUACUUUGAAUUUGGCUUCGCCUGAUAAUACCCAUGCCCUUCCAGCUUCGGCUCCAGCUACAGCCCCAGCCCCAGCUGCAGAACCUUCUCCAGCUCCAGCGGCGGAACUUGCCGCCUCAGCUCAAGCUGUAGAACCAGUUGUCUCAGCUCCAAUGACGGAGCCAGCUCCAGCUCCAGCGGCUGAACUUGGUUCAACUCCACUGGCCGAACCUUCGUCGGCUUCAACGUCAGAACCUUCAACUUCAGGGUUAGCUCCAGAACCUACGUCAGCGUCUGCUCCAGAAACUGCAGUAGCACCUUCGCCUUCUCCCAUAACUAUACCUGCUCCGAAGCCUGCUGAUGUGGCGACAAUCGCUACAAAUAGUGAAUCACUUUCAAAGAUUAUCAGCACGGUAGACGGAAAGCAAGAUGAAUUGAAUCAUUACAAGGAGAUUAAGGAGCCUAAUUCAAAGACACCAGUAGUACCGGUACCACCAGCUUCUCUUGCUUUGGUAGCUCCGGGCGGAAAUACGGAAGAUUCUGUUUCAUCUCAUGAAAAUAGCAAGAGUUCUGUUUUAACUGAACCAGCUACAGUAUUGAGCCCGGAGAAAUCUGCCGCACCUGAGAAACAAACCCCUAUAUCAGCUUCAGGUGCGCCAAGUGUGUCUAGUAUUACAGAAAGUCAAGAAACAGCAGAUACAGGCGUCGCAGAAGAGCAAGCCGCUGGUGAUCUAUCCGAAGAUCAAACUCAACAAGAUACAACUGCCACUUCUGCUUCUAUGAUUACUUCUAAUGAACAGCCAAUUAAUGAUGACCCUGAGGCAACCUCUAUUAAGCCGAGUGCAGAUGCGCUUGAAAAACUUCAAGAGGAAGCCAAACUUCGUCACGAAGAAGAACAAGAAGCACUAGAUAAGAAGUCUCCUCAAAACGGCGGUAAUUCAUUUUCUGAGUUACCUAAGGAAAGUGUUAUCAGAAAGGUUGAAGAAGAUGAAAACUAUGAUGACUAA